GCUGUUGCUUUUCUUCAGUAUGGAUGUGACAGGAACAUUCUUCAACAAACUGCGAACUUUGGCAGUCACUUUGGAGAAGCAGGCUGACCAUUUUAAGCAAAUUUUACUCGAAGAUGAAGAAUUUGAAGAUGAUUCUCCAAUGAGAUAUCUACAUGAACUGUACUCUGAAGCCAGAAUACUAAAGGCUGAUGCUGAUAAUAUUCUACAUACAAGUUCUUCAGAAAGAGAUGCCAUAUACGACUUCAUAAAGGCCACCAAAGUUCUGAUGAAGAGAAAUGCAACCAAUCUUGAAAAAAUAAGAGAUCUCUUUCAGAAAUAUGGUCACAAGCCACUUAUAGGCAAGAAUGAAGCCAUAAAGGUUGAUGAUGAAAUCAACGCUGGAUCAGCUUUAUCUGAUCAAAUAGAGCCAAAACCUCCUGAUUUUCUUCAAAAAUCAUCUGGAUCUCAUAGUCUCCUGGAAACUCCUCAGCUAUCAGAUUUUGGGCUUUCAAAAUAUGCCUUUCCAAGUUCUUCAGACACAAUACACAUUCCACAUAGCCAGAAGGAAGAGGUGAAAGGGGAUGCAUCUGAAUAUUUGUUACCCAAAGUAGAAUAUUUCAAUAUCCACGGGCGUGAUCUGUCUGUAAAUGAUGAAACCACAAAUUUAAUGGAUGACCAAACAAUCUUUUUGCUUAAUAAGACAAGAAAAAAUAGAUCAGCAGGGGCGAUGGUAUCAAAUCAGAAUCUGGCAGCACUCAGGCAAUCAAAUGAAGUAUGUGGUUAUGAUAGUUUUGCUUCACCUGCUGCACCUAACUUCUGCACACCUGGAGUGAAAAUUCCCCACAGAAAGACCACUGUUUUAUCAGAGUCUCCAGAAAGUAAACAUUUGGAUGUUCCUAAACACACAACAGAAUUACCUCCACUUGAUACAAAAUCUCAGGAAAUACAACCUCUGCAUGUAAGUGCUCCUAAGAUACUGCCAGAUAAUAAUCUUAUAAAAGACAGUGUUCAACCUGUCCUGGGUUCAGACAAAUAUCUGGAAUGUACUGAAGAACCUCCUCCUCCAGCAAUGCCAGUAUAUGAGGACCUCUUCAGUUCACUAUUACCACCGCCUGAAAUAACUGUGAUUCCAAACAACCUCUUGCAGAUUUUAUCCCGGUACAAUCCAAAUAUAAAAGUACCCAGGUCAGCUGCGAAAGGAACUAAAGAAGAAAAUGCUUCACAAUUUGAAGAAAAGCUAUUUCUUUGUACUGAUAACAAAGAAAACAGAAAAUACUCUGGAUGAAAUGAAGACUAAAUCUGAAUUUUUUUCUUCGACUACCAGCCUAAAGGUUCUUUACUUUGUAAAGUAUAAAUGUUUAAUUUUAAACUAUUCAAUCAUUUUUACUCUCCUGUAAAAAUUAUCAAAAUAAAAUAAUGAACAUAAAUAUGACUAAAUAUUUAUAUGCUGUCAGUUUAUUAAAUUAUUCAUAAUCAUGUUGUCUUUUGAAUCACUGCAGUUGUUAAAUGAAUCAUGCAGUUAAGUAAAUCAGGCUUCUCCCAUUGACUUUGUUUGUCAAAUAUAUGCCAGUUGCCAAGUGUCCAAAUUUGGAUCAUAUGACCAUAGGGAAGCUGCAAUAGUCAUGUGAAAACGAUCAUAAAUAACUUUUUCAGUGCUGUUGUUAACUUUGAAUUAUCACUAAACAAAUGAUUGUAAGUUGAGGACUACCUGUAUUUGUGUUUUAUUCCCAAGUUCAGUAUUUUAUCUGCCCUCAAGUGAAUAAAGCUGGGGUUUCUCUCAGAAGCCAAAGAUUAUAGCAGCUUUGAUAUAUAGAACCAGUGAAUACCUAACUAAAGCAUAUUAGCACUUUAAUGCUCCAAUAAGGAACAGAAUAUUUUAAAUUCGUAGACCUACACCUAAUUCUUAUCAAAGAAAAUGUUACUAAGUAAACAUUAAUUGCUUCUAAUCAUUUGCCUAGUUAGCAGAAAAUAGCUUCACCAGCAUUUAUCAAUUCCAGAAAAUAUAUUA